GGGCAGGGGGCAGUGUGUGCAGGGGCCCUUUGUGACACGGUGCUGCGUGGUCACCGUGUCAUGGAACGGGACAGCGUGUCCAAGGGCCCUUUGUGACACGGGGUGACAUAGGAGCUGGCGGUGACAAGACCACGCCAGAGUGCUUGGAGCACGCGACGGGACAGGACGGGACAGAGCGGUGCCGUGAGGAGCCCCCGCACAGCGCACUCGUUCGUGUCUGACCCGGAGCUUUUCCCAGGCGUUAUUCCUGCAGCUGACCUCGAGGCCAGACCACAGGACUUGGUGACCUGUGGCCUUCCCGAGGCUUCUCUUCUGCAGGUGCCCUUGAGGGCAGACCGUGGGACUCGGUGCCCCGGAGGCAUCUCCCAUCCCUGCCACCGGUGCCCUCGAGGCCUGACCACAAUCAAUCCUUGACAGGAGUCUCCUGUCCUUGUGGCAGGAGCCCUCGAGACCAGAGUGCAGGACUUGCUGUCCUGUAGCCUUCCUGAGGCUUCUGUCUUGAAGGUGCCUUCCAGGCACGACUGCAGGACUCGCUGACUCGGAGCUUUUCCGAGGCAUCUCUCCUGCAAGUAGCCUCAAAUCCAGUCACUGCCAUGGAGCAGAGAUCCCUGAGAGGGCCCAAGCUGGCCUGGGUGCAGGAGGAGGAAGAAGGCCCUGGAGCUGCCCCAGUAGAGGAGAUCAAAGAGGUGGUGCGGUUCAAGACUCUACAGGAGGAUGCAGCCAUGGACCGCACACAAGAGCAGGACCCCGCCCGUGGCCUCUUCCGCAGAACAGUGGAGGUGCCCGCCAUGGUGAGGUACAUCCACGAGUGGCUCAUGGACAAUCAGUUUGCUGAGCAGAGGCUGAACAGGGCCCUCCUGGAUCUCACUGAAGAACAGCCUGCUGAUGUAGUAAUGACGCUCCUGUGUGUGGCCCCAUCCUGUGACAGAGCUGCUUUCACCAUGUGGAAGAGCAUCAUGUGCUCGCCCAGGACUGCCGAGCCAGUGCAGCUGAUGCUCCUCGAUGUGCUGGGGAGUUGGCCAGAGCACAGCACGUUCACCUCUGAUGGGGACAAAACGGGUGUCUUUGUCCUGGCUGCAACUGUGGUGAUGUGGGAGAUCCUCCAGGUGCCCUGUGUCCCACAUAUGGUGACGGUGUAUUUCCCCCACCUACUUGUGCAUCUGCUCUUCCAAGUGUUCUUCAGCACUCUGGAUAUGCCAGAGGAGGUCGAUACCUUCUGGAAGGGAUGCCAGCAGCAAUACGGCCUUGCCACCAGCCCCAACAGGUUUGCAGUGCGGACCCUGAAGUCCCUGCUCUGCCAAAUGGAGCACGAGGAUGUGGUGCUGGCAAUGGAACGCAAGCGUGGCUGGGACACGCUGCUGUGUGCUGACACCCACCACUAUGCCGUGGGUCUGCUGGCCAGGGAGAUAUCCCGUGUCUCCAUCCCCUUGUGCUCCCGGAUCGCUCGCUACCUGCUCCAGCUGCUCAACACACUGGAGCCACGCUGGGAGCUGCCCGCCCUGGCGUUCCUUGUGGAGGUCCUCGAGUGCCUGAACUUGAGUGGAGGCAGUGCUAACAGAGUCCUGCAAAUCUUGUCAAGGCACCUGCACAGCAAGUGCAGGGACAGGCGUCGCCUGGCGCUCAGGGCCCUUCUCAAGCUCAUUGACAAUCCCUCGAUGAGUGAAAAAAUGGGGAGCCUGACUGAAAGUCUUGUGGAGCUCCUGUGCGACACAGAUGGAGAGAUAGUUAGCAUGACAGUCACGCUCCUCAGCUUUAUCUCCCAGGACAAGGACAUGCUGAUAGGCAGCUCCAUUGCACUGCGGCUGGUUGAGGCGCUCCUGCCACUCUUUGACCACGACAAUAGCCAGGUGCAGCUGCUCUCCAUCCUGCUCUUCCAAACAUUGGUGUCUCUUCCACUGCAAAAGGACAAAAAGGCCCUGAAGACACACGCGCGCCAGAGUCUGCUGCCACUCUUCUUCCACUGCCAUGAUGAGGAUGGGCGUGUGGCACAGGCUUCUCAGGAAACGCUGCUUUGUGUGGCCCAGUUCCUGAAGAGGAGGGAUCUGGAAAAAGUGGUGAAGAACAAGAAGCUGUGGAAGUUCACCGAGUGCCUGCUGGCAGACGACAGCAGCAGAGCGGCCGAGCACCUGCGCCAGGCCAUGCCCUACCUGGAGAGCCCAGAGGAGCCCCUGCGAGAGGCGGCCAUCAGGUUCCUGGGGAUGGCCGGGCGGCAGCUGAGGGGGAAGAAGGAAGAGCUCCAGCUCAUCUGUGAGGCCCUUGAAGGCACGGCAAAUGACAUCAGCGUUGCCGUUGGAAGCCUGGCAAUUCAAACGUUGUACAUCCUCCAGGCAGUAGAGAGAGCUGGAUAUUCCCUCUUGGACAGCCUGCAUGAUCAGCUGCGCAGGGCAUGGAGGACACGGCCUCGUCUCUUGGGGCUCGGCUGGCUGCGCUGCCGGAGCUGUGCAGAGUGCUGAUCCCAGAGGCUCUGUCUGCUGGGGCCACCUGAGCCAGCAGCAGUGUUUAAUUUCUUCAAGAUUGUUCUUUCAUUCUUUUUGCUUUUCUGUAGGAUAUAAAUAUAGGAUGUGUUAUAAUA